UUUCGGUUUUUGUGCGCAUCGGAGUUACACAUAUAUCAAUUUUCGAGGCGUUCGACAAAAAUUAAAAACUAAUUUAUUGUAAAAGAACGCGCUGCAGUCAACCCAUAUACAUCUACAUAUAUAUAUAUACUUACAUAUAUAUAUAUAUGUAUAUAUGCAAGCUGCGGCAGACAAGCACAAACAACAAGAGGCGACCACAAAGUGAUUACGAAUUUUUUUGAAUCACUCGGCCACCAAACGAGCACACAGGAAGAGAUCGAGAGAGAGGAAGAGAGAGAGAGUGUGAGUGUGAGAGAGUUAAGAGCGUUGAGUGUUGAGUGUGUGUGCAGCCCGUCCACCCACCACCCACCAGCCGCCAGUCACCAUCAGCCCAGCCCCAUCCCCCACCCCCCAUACUCAAUAAAAAAAAAUACAAAAAUGAGCAAGAAACCGACAGCCGGACCGGCGCUGCACAAGGUCAUCAUGGUGGGCAGCGGCGGCGUUGGCAAAUCCGCACUCACAUUGCAAUUCAUGUACGAUGAGUUCGUUGAGGACUACGAGCCCACCAAGGCCGAUAGCUAUAGGAAAAAGGUUGUGCUCGAUGGCGAAGAAGUACAAAUAGAUAUACUAGAUACAGCCGGCCAGGAGGAUUAUGCAGCCAUCAGAGAUAAUUAUUUUCGCAGCGGCGAGGGUUUCCUCUGUGUCUUCUCAAUCACAGACGAUGAAAGCUUCCAGGCCACCCAGGAAUUCAGAGAACAAAUAUUGCGGGUAAAAAACGAUGAGAGCAUACCGUUCCUGCUUGUGGGCAACAAAUGCGAUCUGAAUGACAAACGCAAGGUGCCCCUCAACGAGUGCCAGCAGCGGGCGCAGCUUUGGUCCGUGCCCUACGUGGAGACAUCGGCGAAGACGCGCGAGAACGUGGACAAGGUAUUUUUCGAUCUAAUCAGGGAUAUUUCAUCACGCAAAAAACAACGUCAGAUGGACGUGAAAGAGCCGGCGAAGCCUUCUCCUUGCUGCCAAUUGUUGUAAAAUUCAACUGCAACAACAAGCGAAAACAACAACAACAACAGCAACAACUAAAAACAGCAUGAAACACAACAACAACAACAAAGGCCACACGGAUAUACAACAGCAACAACAACAACAACAGCAAUAACAAGUAAAAAUAAAACAAACAAAAAA